AUGGUGAAAGUGGGUUAUGAUUGGGAUGUCUUUGUUAAGACUGGGUUGGUUUUUUUGUACGCGAAAUGCGGGCGCUUGGAUGAUGCGUGUAAGGUGUUUGAUGAAAUGCCUGAGAAGAAUGCGGCUUCAUGGACUGCGGUUAUUAGUGGGUAUUUUGAAUCGGUGAAAACAUCAACGAUUUCACCACGGAGAAAGGAGGUCAAAAUGAAGCCGACGGGUUAUUUUCCGUCAAUGACUAAGAUCGUUGAUACUCUCGUACCGAAAUUAAGAUCCGUGGGGGUUAUUUUGCGGUGUCUCAUGGCCGGAAUGUCUGGUAUUCUUUUCGUUUUGUUCCUCAAAGUUGAAGGAUCGUGGUUUCCGCCAGAUCUGAUAAGGAAACUAGAGAAAAAAAUUACAGCGCCGGAGUCCGGAAACGGUAGUAUCGCGAGGAUGUUCGAUCGAUUUUUGGAGAAAGAGUUUUCGGAGAAUGUGUCUGCUGAAGGUAUAUGA